UGCCACAAACUAGAGAUUAUAAAUUUUCGACUACUUAACUGCGUAGCUGCACGUAUACACACGUACAAAACAGCUGACCUUGGAUACACAAACAAAAAUAUCACGUCAAAAAUCGUAAUUUUCGACGAUAAUUAUUAGCAAAAUUGAGUGAUACCGCAGCAAGUUAAGCAGAUAGAAGUAAUUUAAUUAGCUAAUUGAUAAAUAUAAUCAUCAAUUGAGUGUUGGCCGACGGUAAAUUAACGUCCUUUGAACGCAAAAAUACAUUAUUUCGCCAAUAUAAACAAAAAUGUUGCGACAAUAUUUGCUGCGAGCACCGAGAAACAUUGGUCAAGCAUUUGCUACACAAGCGAAAAGGGCAGAACAACAAGUAGAUGGAGAAGAGGUUAGUUGGGAGAAUGCUCGUCCUUAUCUAGAAUUGCCAGGACCUGGCACAAAAGGAGGAGUUGAUUGGAAUUUGAUGCCGGGUGGAAAGUUGUUUGGAAAACCUUUUGUCGAAGUGCAUCGUUACUUUUACGAGACCUAUGGAAUAAUUGUGCGGAUUCCGUCGUUUUUAAAGAAGCCGGAUUUUGUUUUGUUGUAUGAUCCUGAUAGUUUUGCAAAAGUCUUACGAACUGAAGGUCCAUGGCCCGUGAGAUUCGGAUUGGAAUCGUUAAAUUACUACAGACGCAAUCGUUAUCCUCAAAUUUAUAAGGACAAUGGAGGAUUACUUGUGGAAGACAGUGAACCAUGGGGCAAGAUGCGUUCGAUUGUUAAUCCGGUAAUGAUGCAACCGAAAGUUGUGAGUCUUUAUGUAUCACGUAUUGAUGAAGUAACGAGAGAUUUUGUUGAAGUAACUAGAAGAUCGUUAGAUGAAAAUAGUGAAACGCCUGCGGAUUAUGGAGAUUAUAUCCAACGAUGGGCUUUGGAAUCAAUUGGUGAUAUCGCGCUCGAUACUCGUCUUGGUGUCUUGGAAAAGCGUGCUGGAAAUAAGGGAGAUACCCUCGCUAAACUUGUAGAAAACUUUUUCCGCUUGUCAUUCAAACUGGAUGGACAGCCCCAUAUUUGGAAAUACAUCAAAACACCUGCAUUUUAUCAGAUGAUGAAAACUUUGGAUGGCAUGACGGAAAUUACGUUGGAAUAUGUCGAGGCAGCUGUUAAACGAAUCCAAGAUCAAACAAUUUCAAAACCCGUUGAACAACAAAGUGUCUUAGAAAAACUCUUAAAAGCAGACAAACAAACUGCUGUGAUCAUGGCUAUGGAUAUGUUAAUUGUUGGUAUCGACACGACAAGUUCUCAAACAAAAGCACUUCUAUUUUUGCUCGCCAAGCACCCAGAAAAACAGGAAAAGUUACGAGAAGAGCUCCGCACAAUCCUCCCAACGAAAGAUACCCUUCUCACCGCUGACAAAAUGAAGCAUUUACCGUAUCUACGUGCCUGCAUGAAAGAAUCGAAUCGCGUGAUUCCCGUUGUCGUUGGUACCUCACGUCAAACCAACCAAGAUCUUGUUUUGAAUGGUUACCAAAUUCCUAAAGGAACACAUUGCGCGAUGGCUACUCAACUUCUUAUGAAAGAUGAUCGCUAUUAUGGAAGAAGUGCUGAAUUUAUUCCGGAACGUUGGCUCAAGGACGAAAGUAAAGCAAAAGCUGAAGGAUGUCCUCAUGCAAAACAAACCCACCCAUUUGUAUAUCUUCCUUUCGGGUUUGGAACUCGCACUUGCAUUGGUCGUCGAUUCGCCGAACUCGAAACUGCGAUAUUUAUAACACGUUUAGUUCGUGAAUUCGAUAUUUCAUGGCAUUACGAGGACCUAAAGGUGCGAUCAACACUUGUUGAUACCUUAGACGGAAGCAUGAAAUUCCGCUUGAAAGAGUUACCCAAUUGAAUUAUGAAAUGUUAAAGCAAAUAAAUAAAUGUGAAGGUUGUUAAGUAUUUUUAACGUAAAA